AUGGCCCGAUCAGUUGCAGAUGUAAAAAAAGAUGUUGAGGAGAUGGAGAUGUUGGUGUCAGAAUCAAAGAGGAGCCAUGUGAAAGAGAUUCUCCAAAUUGAGUUGCGGAAAUUACAGAUUGAAUUAUCUAAACUAAUGACAGAGGGGGAUGAGACCAAAACCAAGUCGACUGUCAAGACUACCCCAAAUUGUCCAACUGUCAGUCUCACUAAUUAUGCUUGGGAUCAGUCGAACAAGUAUAUGAAAAUUUACAUUGAUCUCAAAAAUGUCCAUAAUCUUCCCAAAGAGAAAAUUACAUGUAAUUUUGAAGCAAAAUCCAUGAAUUUGACUGUUUAUGAUUUAGACAACAGAAAUUAUCGGUUUGGUGUGAAACGAUUGGCUGGAACAAUUGUACCUUCAGAAAGCUUUUUCAAAAUAAAAACUGAUAGUCUUGUCAUAAUGAUGAUGAAACAGAGUAACACAAAUUGGGAACAUGUCACAGAGAUGGCUGCAGAGAAAUCAAAAGAAAAAACAAAAAAGAAACCAACACUUGAUGAUAGCAAGGAUCCCAGUGAAGGAAUUAUGGAUAUUCUGAAAAAUAUCUAUGAAGAAGGUGAUGACGACAUGAAGAGAACAAUUAACCAAGCUUGGUAUGAGUCCCGUAACAAGACUUCUUCAUUUGACUAA